AUGAGAUAGGAUUGCAGCGUAAUUUUUAUUUAAGCUAUUUAAAUUAUUAAUAGAAACUUGAAUAAUCUCAAUAGACUUCUACUAACAAGUAACCUUAAUAAGUAAUUUAAGCAUAAGAAAUUAAUCAAAUCAAUUAAUCUCCUUAAAAGGAGCAGCCCCCUUAAAAUUAGGCUGCCAUAGCACAUUCAGAAUAGUCAGAUUUAAUAAGUUUAUAUUUGCAAACAAAGCGAAAAAAAUUAGGGUUUUAGACAAUAGAAAAGUAUUCGAAUAACUCUGCUCCUCCUCAAGCAGAAGUUAUGACAAUAGAGUUUGGUGUACAAUGUGAAUUUGAGAUUUCAUCUUCUUAACAUGAAAAUGAGGAUCAAGUAAUUUCAUUGAUGGAGAAUGUGAGGAGAGAUUCAAGGAAAAAAAGAAGUUUUUUAAAGCGCUAAAAACCAAUUGAAAAAAUAGAAAAGAAUAUAUCCACUGAAGAGAUCCCAAUCAUUUUAGAGGUUUUUUUCAAGAAGUUCGAAAACUAUAGAUAAAGCCAUUCAUGGGGCAGGAGUUGAG